GGGUAAAACAAAUAGAAAACACAUUACAUAUUAAUAUUCAUAACAAUUAAAAACACAAUAACUGGACGUUAUUUGUGGACAAAUGCGUGCAUUUCUCACAUCCUUUUCCGUUGAAGUCAUAUAUAGUGUUGUGUUUGAAAUAAACGUGAGUUUAAUUGUGGACACAAUUAACGCCAAUUGCGGUCAUUAUUAACGCCUAAAACCCGUUUUACCCCAUAUUUAGUGACCACAAGAAGUGACCGAAAAUGGUUCAGAGGCUGACAUACCGGAGACGUCUCUCCUAUAAUACACAAUCCAAUCGGAGGCGAAUUUCUAAGACGCCCGGCGGUAAACUGGUGUACUUGUAUCCCAAAAAGCACGGAUCAGUUGCCAAAUGCGGUGAUUGUAAACUCAAACUGAGAGGAAUAGUGUACGCCCGACCCCGAGAGCUGUCGGCCCUCUCCCGGCGCCACAAGACGGUCACCCGAGCCUAUGGCGGCUCCCGAUGCGCGGCCUGCGUCCGAAGCCGUAUUGUCCGCGCGUUUCUCAUCGAAGAGGAGAAGAUUGUGGCGAAAGUAUUGAAAGCACAACAGGGCUCAGCACCCGCUCAGACCAAAUAGUGUUGUGUUGUUUUCCCAUCGAUUUGUGAAUUAUUAAGUAAUCAAUAAAUUUUUUCUUAUCAGAAAA